AUGAAGAACAAGAAAGCAGGGUACGGGUGGGCAGUGUCAGCGGGGCUCAACGCCGCUCUAGCUGCCAUAUCCGCCAAGCUUUUUAGCUCUCAUCAGAUAAUCAGGUAUGGUUUGGUAGUACUAUUCAACCUCACAAUGUGGGGAUGUUAUGUCAACAGUCUUAGAGCUCUCUCUUCUCUUCAAGCUACGGUCACCAAUUUUGCUACCAACUUUCUCACUUCUGGCCUAGUUGGGCACUUUUUGUUUGAAGAGCCAUUACCAUUUCAGUGGUUUUCAGGUGCCACGCUCAUCCUUAGUAAACCAAGUAUUCACAAGAACAAGGCUAGGACAGAGUAA